AUGAAUAUGAGUAACUGGCCAUGGGACUGGCAACAGCUGGAAUCCAUCAUCAUUCGAGGGCAGAAGGGUAAAGUAUUCCCAAAUCCCCAUAUCAAGGUUUCUGGAAAAAAAGAAGAUGUUAAGGAAGCCAAGGAAAUGAUCAUGUCUGUCCUAGACACAAAGAGCAACCGAGUAACAUUGAAGAUGGAUGUUUCACAUACUGAACAUUCUCAUGUGAUUGGCAAAGGUGGCAACAAUAUCAAAAAAGUAAUGGAAGAAACGGGAUGCCACAUUCAUUUUCCGGAUUCCAACAGAAAUAACCAAGCUGAAAAAAGUAACCAGGUAUCUAUAGCAGGACAAACCGCAGGAGUUGAAUCUGCCCGAGUUAGAAUUAGGGAGCUGCUUCCUUUGGUGCUGAUGUUUGAGCUCCCAAUUGCUGGAAUUCUGCAACCAGUUCCUGAUCCUAAUUCUCCGUCUAUUUAGCACAUAUCACAAACGUACAACAUUUCAGUGUCAUUUAAACAGCGUUCCCGAAUGUAUGGUGCUACUGUCAUAGUGCGAGGGUCCCAAAAUAAUACUAGUGCUGUGAAGGAAGGAACUGCUAUGCUGUUGGAACAUCUUGCCGGGAGCUUGGCAUCAGCUAUUCCUGUGAGCACACAACUAGAUAUUGCAGCUCAACAUCAUCUCUUUAUGAUGGGUAGAAAUGGAAGCAACAUCAAACAUAUCAUGCAGAGAACAGGUGCUCAGAUCCACUUUCCUGAUCCCAGCAAUCCACAAAAGAAAUCUACUGUCUACCUCCAGGGCACCAUUGAGUCUGUCUGUCUUGCACGGCAAUAUCUCAUGGGUUGUCUGCCUCUUGUGCUGAUGUUUGACAUGAAGGAAGAAAUUGAGGUCGAUCCACAAUUCAUUGCUCAGUUGAUGGAGCAACUCGAUGUCUUCAUCAGUAUUAAACCAAAGCCAAAACAGCCAAGCAAGUCUGUGAUUGUGAAAAGUGUUGAGCGAAAUGCCUUAAAUAUGUAUGAAGCAAGGAAAUGUCUCCUCGGACUUGAAAGCAGUGGGGUUACCAUAGCAACCAGUCCUUCCCCAGCAUCAUGCCCUGCCGGUCUGUCAUGUCCCAGUUUGGAUAUCUUAGCCUCUGCAGGCCUCGGACUCACUGGACUAGGAACCACUUUAAACAAAUUGCGCAGCAGCACUGACAGGUUGCUCUCAGACCCUGAACUGAGUGCUGCAGAAAGCCCUUUGGCAGACAAGAAAGCUCCUGGAGUGAGCGCGCUGCUGAAGAGGGCCGCAGCUGCCCAGCAAAACUGGGAAAGGGCGCGUCUUGCCCCUCGGCCCUCUUACAUCAACACGCAGGCCUUUGACUAUGAACAAAAGAAGCUAUUAGCAACCAAAGCUAUGUUAAAGAAACCAGUGGUGACAGAGGUCCGAACACCCACAAAUACCUGGAGUGGCCUGGGGUUUUCUAAGUCCAUGCCGGCUGAGACUAUCAAGGAACUGAGAAGAGCUAACCAUGUAUCGUAUAAACCCACAAUGACAACUACUUUUGAGGGCUCAUCUAUGUCCCUAUCAAGAUCCAACAGUCGUGAGCACUUGGGAAGUGGAAGUGAAUCUGAUAACUGGCGAGAUCGAAAUGGAAUAGGACCCGCAAGUCACAGUGAAUUUGCAGGUUCUCUUGGGAGUCCCAAACGUAAACAAAACAAAUCAACGGAACACUAUCUCAGCAGUAGCAAUUACAUGGACUGCAUUUCUUCGCUGACAGGGAGCAAUGGCUGUAACCUGAACAGCUCUUUCAAAGGCUCUGACCUCCCUGAGCUCUUCAGUAAGCUGGGCCUGGGUAAAUACACAGACGUCUUCCAGCAGCAAGAGAUUGAUCUUCAGACAUUCCUCACUCUCACAGAUCAGGAUUUGAAAGAACUGGGAAUCACAACUUUUGGUGCCAGAAGGAAAAUGCUACUUGCAAUCUCAGAACUUAAUAAGAACCGAAGAAAGCUUUUUGAACCACCAAAUGCACGUACCUCUUUCCUGGAAGGUGGAGCGAGUGGCAGGCUGCCACGUCAGUAUCACUCAGACAUUGCUAGUGUCAGUGGCCGUUGGUAGCAGGACCCUCCCGGGCACACGGAUGCCAACUUGGAGCUCUGUGAACAGCCUUCACUGUGCUCAGCACGCUGGGUGAAUGGACCAAAGCAUCGUACUCGCACCUGAACUUUGUGCCAAAAAGGAAGAAAAGAAGGAAAAAAAUUCUUAUGUCAUGGAGAAUACCACAUGUGGAUUGCUUUUUUUUUUUUUAAUGGCAGUUGAACAGAAUUUGCAAUAUGAGAAUAGGGCUUUAUUUCAUGUUUUUAUUUACCUAUAUAACAUAUGCACUGAUUUUUUUUUACUUAAAAUGAAGGAUGAAUUGACAUCUGGGAUGCCAGAAAA